AUGGAACAACGAAAGUCACACAGAAAAACUCCAAAAGGAUUAUACGUAUCUCGUAAGAAAGUUGUUAAUGCUUCACCAAAAGAUUCAAAAUGGACUAAGUUGGAGGAACUUCGGAAAGAAUAUCAAAAAGCAAAGACUGAUGUUAAUAAACGACAAGCAUCAAUUGUGGUGAUUAGUGGAAAAGACUUAGAAAAUCAACGAAAAGAAAAGAAAGAAGAAAAGAUUCAAAAACAAAAAAAUAAACAAAAAGAGGGUCGAAAGAAACAAAACAUCAUUAAUACAAAUGCACAAUGCAUUUCACAAGAAUUAUAUGAUACAAUUAAAGAAGAAGAAAGAAACAAAUAUAUUGUUAGUUCAUUAGCAAUGUAUAAUUUAGGAGAAUAUUUUAGUAAUAAUCAAGAAAGGCUUAUUCCAAAAAUCAGAAAGUCAAGACAUAACAAAGGAAGAAAAGAGGAAGAAAUUAAUAUGGAGAAUAUUGAAGAAAUAAUGGAAGAGUAUAAAGAAAUUAAAGGAUUUACAACAUAUGUUAAAAAGAGUCUUAGUGAAAUGAUAGAGAAAGGAAAAAAAUAUGGAGUUAAUAAAGAAAUAAUAGUUAAAGUUGUAAUGAAAAAUUGUGGGAGUUAUUUUGUUAAGAAUUUAGGAAGAAGAUGUUCUAAGUAUAUAAGAAAAAUGAAAGAGAAAGAAGAAGAGACAUUUAAAGAGAUUAAAGAAACAUAUCAGAAGAAAGAGAAAGAAAUCAUCAUACAAGAAAAAUUAGGAAAAUAUUUUGGAUUUAAAAAGAAUUAUAACAAUUUACAAGUUGUUAUUAAGAAAUUAAAGUCAGCAGUUGAAUUUCUUGAGAAACCAGAAAAUGUAAUAAGAAAGUUUGGAAAAGUUGGAGAAUAUGAAGAAAGAAAGAAUGAAGUUGAUGAAAGUAUUAAAAGAAGUAUAGAAAAUAUUAUUAAAGAAAAAGAAGAAGAAAUAAAUGCAAUGGAAAAAGCCAUUAAAGAGUAUUGGAAAGAAAGUGAAGAAGAAAAUUUAGAAAAUUAUAUUGAAUUUAAAGAAUAUAAUAUUGUUGGAAUAAACAAAAUAGAAAGAAUAAAAGAUAAAGAAGAUAUUGAUAUUAAGAAAAAUAUUUAUAAGAAAAUUAAAGAAGGAAAAGAAAAAUUAGAAGAGAUUUGUAAAGAAUAUAAUAUGCAAAAAGAUUUUGGGAUAGAAGAAGAUAUUAUUGAAUAUGGGUUUGCUAAAGGAGAAGUUGUAACAGUUAUUAAUGAAUAUCCCAAAGAAGUAAGUGAAUUAAUUAAUAAAGCAUAUUCAUAUUUUCAACAAAAACAAAAAAUUAAUCAAUAUGGAAAUUUACCAAGAAAAGAGAAGAUAGAAGAGAUGAAAAGAAAAGUCGUUUGUAUUACAUUCUCCACAAAAGAAAAAACAAAUGAAUUUGAAAAAUACUCAAAAUUUGUUGGAAUUAAAUCAACAAAAAAAUGUUGUUUUUCAUAUCCAGGUAAACUUCGAUCAAUUAUUGGAUUAUAUUUAUGUAGAGAAAUAGAAAAUAAAUUUAACAAAAGUAAGUAUCAUUCAUGGAGAACAUUAUUUGAUAGUUGUUAUGUCUCAUCUAAUAAUAUCACAUAUUCGUUAUUUGAUAAAUAUUGUAGUCAAUUAAGAAAGAUUAUCAAUGAUAGAUAUUCUAAUGUUGAUGAUAUUACACAAGGUACUGCAUGUAUUUCUAUUAACAUUGUUAUUAAAGAGGUGAUUAAAAAAUAUCCAAUGAGUAAACUUGAAGAAGCAUGUGAUAAGAAUCAAUUAGAAAAAUUAGUUGAUGAAGUAAGAAAACCAUUAGUUGAUAGAAGGAUAGAAGAAAUGAAAGUUGAAGCGAAUGCACAUGUUGACAUACAAACAUUAAUGGAAGAAGAAAUUGAAACAGAGGAAGAAGAUAGUUAUAGUUCAGAUUAUUCAAUAUAA